CGGACAGGCGCGGCGGCGCCCAGGAAGCAGGGCGGGCCAAGGAAGGCUGGCGGUGCAGUAGGGCACGUUGGGCUCCUCGUAGGGGCGGCCGAUGCGGCUCGGGGUAUGGCUGUGAGCAGGAGGGAAGUGUUUAUAGAGAGAGUACUGAAACGACUCUAUGCCGAACCUUCACCAUCUUCUCUUGCGCGUGUGUCAAGUAGAGAAGAGGAGGCAGUUGUCGGCAAUCGAGGCUCAGCAUCCAGUGAACAGAGUUUGGCUAAUGUCCAGACUUCGUCAGCAGAUGCAAGCACUUCAACUGAUAGACCCUGCAAGUCGUGUCAUGGUAGUGGUGACACAGUUCUGCCUCCAAGAAGAAUGUACACAGUGAGUCUUCCACUAGAGGGUCAUGUUGCAGUCACUCCAGAUACUACUGGCAUUUCAGUUCCUGAACCCUCAGACAGUAGUGGUGACUCAACAGAGGAGGAAUGUCAAGGACAAAGCAAGAGAAAACGCAUCCGAAGAAAGAAACAAAAGAGCAGUUUGCAAAACUCUAAUGACUUACAUGGAGAACAAACAGAAUCUGGAGUGCAAGAGAAUGUUGUUCAAGAUAAUUUACGGCUGCAGCAGAUAGACAGUCCCAAAAUAAGCAAAAACAAAAGGAGGAAAAUGAAAAAGAAGCGACAUAAAGAAAAAAUGAGAGCAGCUGGCUUGAUAACAAAAACUACCAGUGUGGAUUUUACCUAUCAGCCUGACAAAAACAUCAGAGAAGAAGCAGCAGGCCUAACAGACAUAGAUGAAAAAGCAGAUAGCAUUCUGGACUUCCUGCAGGCAACACAACAAAUUUAUUUUGCUGACAAUAAAUCAGCAGGUGCAGAUUCUGCUGUAAAUUCAGCAACUGCCCAAGAGCUUUUACAGUCUCUUGAAUCUCGCACCAUCUCUGCAUCAGAUGUGGCUCUUCUCCAUCAGCUGAAAUCCCUUGUUUUGCUACAGGAUGUUAACAGACUGGGGGAUGCUUUGAAACAAUUCCAAGAACAAGCCAUGAUGCCUCCUGAUCAUACCAAGACAGUCACGUCUCUGUUUCUCUACUGGAUUACGGAUAUCCUUCCUGUGAAGAACAGGAAAUAAGCCCUGCCUGUGUCCAUAUGUGCAGGGUUAAAAUUUCCUAUACAGACUCUUAACCAAGUAGGAAUUGUUGAGGAAGAGCAGUCUCAAUGCACAUACUACACCUGCAGGUAAAUGAAUUGUUUUUCUGCACUGCAAACUCCAAGGACAAUAUAUGGGAUUUUUGUGUUUGUUUGGGCAACAGUAUCCAUAUGCUGUGUGGCCUGCAUCUUCAGCUGGGUUAGCAGGUACAGUUAACUUUAGGAUAGUGGAUGCAACAGAAAUGGUAAAAUCUGUGUCAAAUACUUUAAGUAGUACAGUUGUUGGGGAUUUCUUUAUAAAUUGAUUGUUGCUCUGUGCAAGUUUUUUCUCUGACUUUAUCUGAUAUAUCUGUUUGCCUGGAAAAAAUAAAAAUCUAUUUUUAUAUUUAAAUCUAAGCAGCAAUACAUCUGAAGAAUGGCUCUUUUGGCUGAAUAAACUGCUAAAUUGUAGAAACAAAAA